GAACAUUUCUUAGUUCCAGAUCAUACUAUCACAGACAUAACUGGAGCGUCAUUUGCAGGGUUUUAUUAUGUUUGUUUACAAAAAUCAGCCGCCACCAUUGAGGGUUACUACUAUCACCGAAGCUCUGAAUGGUUUCAGUCCUUAAAUCUUGUCCAUGUUCCUGAUCACAGUCAACCCAUUUAUGAAUUCAGAUGAUAUUGAACAAGAAAACAAAUCUUUAUACUCUUAUAUGCUUCUUAAUGAAUAUUUUUAGACUUCCUCUGGCACUUCCAUGAUGAUAUUAUGAUUUAUGCUUGGUUUACAGCUCAAGUCAGACAAGCUUAGUAGAUAUUUUCCAUAAAAUCAAAAUAGUGUUUGAGGUUUACAUUCAGCAUGCAUGGUGUCAUGUUGUAAAGAUUAUCGUCCAGUGACAAGUUAUUAUCACGAAGAGAUAAUGAUACCUUGGCAGGUGUUUGUUUUCUGUCUUGUUGCAAAUAGUUAUGGCAUACACAGCUACACAUAGAAUGUGAAUUAAAUUAUAUGCAGCUGUUUAAUUUGAUUACUUAAAUGAGAAGAUUGAUCAAGAAUGUUAUUUCUUUUAAUUAAUCAGCACUACUACUGCAUACAUUGUAGUGUAUUUCGAAGAAUAUUUGGAAUGAAAAGUCAAAAAUUGGUUGUGUUGUUGCCAUCUAUUCCUUUGUUUGGCACCUCUGUAUUGAAGAAGUUGAGUACAAACAAUCCUAGGUGUUCCCUGGAAGGUUCUCGGUACUCUCUUAUGUAUAUUUUCAGAGAUUUAUCAACAAAAUUCACAAUCAAUUUCAUAUUGCCAACUUGAUGACACCACAAGGGUAUGUUUGUCUCUAUAUUGUCAGAAAAAUGACCAAUUAAUUUAUGAUUUCUUUUUAUAGUUCUUAUUGACAAAUUGAUACCAUUAGGGGGAUAAGGAGUACUUUUACAGGGAGUUCCAACCAUAUCCAAAAGGGGAUUUUGUGCACAUCUGGCUGAUAAAGUUAAAUCUAAUCAAAGGGUUUAACCCUUAUACUCUUAGCAGUGAUUAACAUGUAACUUCUCCCUGUGAUAUUCAUACAUUGUCCACCAAACAUGAGGAUAUUCAAACUUAUCAGGUAGAGGUUGGUGGUUCUGAUUUAUCACUAGAUUCUUGGGACUUAUUUACAAGGAAAUGUGUAGCAGCUAGAGAGGAGAAUUGAUAAUCAGAUCCUGGGAACUAAAGGGUUAAUGUGACCAAAAUCUCAUAGAUCUCUUUCUCUGUGUGUUGUUUUAUGUUUAUACUUAGCAAAGGAGUAUUAAACCUCUUUUUCAUGGUUUUAAUGGUUCAAAUAAUUGUUUUUAGAUUACUAAUAUUAAGAGCUACACAUACUGAGAAUUGAAAAGUUUUAAAUUAGCUUGAUGGCUCUUAGAAAUUGAAGUACCUUCUUAUGUUACAGCAUGCUCUGUACAAUAAGCAUUAUUUGAGUUAAGAACAACUGAACUUUGUCUUUGUACUGUAACAUGUUAGUAUCAACUUUUAUUUAUAUUCUAGUCCUUUAGAAUGUUAAGUGCUAAGUGAUGGUUGAAGUAUUACUAUAAAUUCAUCAAAAUUUGUGAUAUCCCCCAAUGAGUUGCAAAUAUAUUAAAAGUACUGCAGCCCUCCACAGAGUA